UUUCUAUCAAAAAAAAAAACUGAUUUCGCAUAGUUUCACAGAACCACUCCUAGUCUCCAACCCUUUCCCUUUCCUUCUCUUUCUCUGGGUUUGGCAAAGCUUGUAAGAAUGGCUGAUGAAGUGAUUCUGUUGGACCAUGCAUAUAGUCCUCCUGCUGUCAGGGUCAGAAUUGCAUUGAAAGAAAAGGGCAUAGCCUUCGAGUCCAAACAAGAAGAUUUUUCGAAUAAGAGUUCAUUGCUCUUAGAAAUGAACCCGGUGCAUAAACAGAUCCCUGUCCUAAUUCACAACGGGAAGCCAAUUUGUGAAUCCCUCAUCAUUGUUGGAUACAUUGAUGAAGUCUGGAAUGAAAAAUCUCCUUUGCUGCCAACUGAUCCUCAUGACCGAGCUCACUCAAAGUUCUGGGCUGAUUAUAUAGACAAAAAGAUUUAUACCCUUGGAAGAGCAGUGUGGACAGCCAAGGGUGAAACCCAUGCAGCAGCAAAGAAAGAUCUCAUAAGCAGCCUCAAAAUAUUGGAAGCAGAGCUUGGAGACAAACCUUACUUUGGGGGAAAGACUUUUGGCAUCACAGAUAUUGCCCUUAUUCCCUAUUACAGCUGGUUUUAUACAUUGGAGAAGUUUGGAAACCUGGAGAUGAAUGAGGAGUGCCCAAAACUUGUUGCAUGGGGUGAAAGGUGCAUGCAGAGGGAGAGUGUGUCCACAACUCUGCAUAAUCAGUAUGAGACUUAUGACUUCAUUUUGGAGCUAAGGAAGAAGCUUGGAGUUGAGUGACCAGAAGCUUUGUGAUUUUCUCUGCGCAUCUCUUUUCCAUCUUCAUUCAAUGAAAAAAAAAAUAAAAUUGCAGGCUUGCAGGAUUAAGAAGAAUAAAUGUUAGUUCAAGAUAUGAGAGUGAUCCCCACCCUAGCUAGUUUUGAAGAUUCAGUUUGUGAUAACUUGUAUGGUUACUAUUAUAUUCAAAUAAACACACAGACGAUGUUUAAUAUAAUUUGCCCAGCACCAUGCUUUCAACUUUCAUCAAA